UCUUUGUUUACCUGAUUAGGAUGAAUCAUUGUGUUGUGCAUUAUAAUGCAGCAAAUGAGGUUAUUUUCAAUUUCCUUUUCCUACAAGGAUUUGGAAUCAAUCAGAUGGUUCGGCCGCAGAAACAGUCUUACAUAUCCAGAUUUGGCUUUGCUUAGAUUCGAAAAAUGCAGAGAUUUCGAACAACGUUGGUUCGAUCUCUUGGAGAGACGAGAGGGUUUUGCACAACACCAAACACUGAUAAAAUCGUGGCCUCUGUCCUCUUCGAGAGACUCCCUGUUGUUGUUCCCAAAAUCGAUCCCAUCGUCUAUGCAUUUCAAGAAUUCUCGUUCCGGUGGAGACAACAAUAUCGGCGGGCAUAUCCUGAUGACUUCUUGAAAAAAUCUGAUGCUAGGGGAACGGGUGAUUACCAAAUUGAUUAUGUACCUGCUCCUCGGGUCACUGAGGCUGACAAAACUAAUGAUAGAAGGUCAUUACAGAGAGCGCUUGACAGAAGGCUUUAUCUUCUCAUCUAUGGUAAGGCAUAUGGGGCUCCAAAUGGGACACCAGUGUGGCAUUUUCCAGAAAAAAUUCACGAGUCUGAAGAGACAUUGCGUAAGUGUGCGGAGUCUGCAUUAGAAUCUGUCAUAGGUGACCUUUCCCACACAUAUUUUGUCGGAAAUGCUCCAAUGGGCCAUAUGGUGGUGACACAGCCUACAGAGAAUGGAUUGGAUCUUCCAUCGUGUAAGCGGUUCUUCUUUAAAUCUCAAGUGAUUGCAACCAACAAGUUCAAGAUUGGGAAGUGUGAUGAUUUCGUUUGGGUGACCAAGGAUGAACUGCUGGAGUACUUUCCCGACCAAGCUGAAUUCCUUAACAAGAUGAUCAUCAGCUGAUGCUGCUGUAAAUUUCAUCUGCAAGAUUUCAAUAAAUCACAAUUCUGGAUGUUACGCAUGCAUUAAUUCAUUGGGAAGCGUGUUAUUAUAUACCAAUCAGAGGACCAAUUUUGACCGUCCUGAAAGAAAAGUUCAAGCUGAUGAGGAAAGAUUAGGCAAGCGAAAGCAGUAUUUACUGUUCAAAGAAUGAGCGUUAAUGUUCAACCGUUCAACUUUUGGUAUUUAAGUAGGUUUUUUUGAUGAAAAAAUUUUCAUAUUACGACUUAUUUUGCAUCCUUAAAAUGCUUAUUUUUCCAUUCCUAUUAUCUGUACCCAAUUUCUUCCUUUUUACUUCA